AUGAUGCGUUUUCUCCUUCUCGCAGCGACAACAACAAUCAUAUAUGCCGCCAAGGAUCUAUCGAGGGAACCCCUUGAGAACGUGAAUUCCUUCGAUUCUGUCGACACAGACAGCAACGGUGCCAUUACCUACAAUGAAUUUGAAAAAUGGUACAAGAAAACGCAGCAUGAGAGCAGCGAUGUAAAAAUCAAAAAUCUUUUUCACAAAUUCGAUGCAUCCCGUGAUCAGGUAUUGGAUGUGGCAGAAUUUGUACCGUUAGCAUACGAAAUUAGCAGAAAGCCAGUUGACACCGCUGAAGAGAUCUUCAAGCGGAUGGACCUUAAUCACGACAAUGUUAUCGACACCAACGAAGCCGCCAUUUCACGAAAGGAGUACGGUGCUGGAAUCAUCGAUAGUGUUCUGGCUGUUGCUGACGUCAAUGGCGACGGACAACUGACUUAUGAAGAAUUCAAGGUUCAACUGGACUACAACAGGCCCAAGAGUAGGAAAGAAGCCAAUAAGGAGAUGGCAUACAAAGUAUUGAACUAUAUCGAUCAGAAUAGAGAUGGAAAACUAUCAGCUCAAGAAAUCCGCAACUUCUCUUCACUCUACAACAAGCUGUCCGAUGCAGAAAUUACCCAAGUGAUAAGCACCCUAGAUGUCGACAAGGAUGGCUUCUUAACCGUCCACGAAUUGGAACGAAUCCCUGGUAAAAUCGCCGAAGUCGCCAACAUUCAACCACCACCAACAGUUUAG